AUGGGGGCAUUCCGCUACUAUGAGGCUGACGGGCCCCGAGAGAGGUGGAGUCCAUACGUGAAAGUGGAGGCUAAGUGCUCUGAGACUGAAAGAGCUCUGUUGGAGGAAGGGCAGCGGACUCAGGCCCAGAAGUAUGUCCAAGGUGCCAUCUCACAGCGCAGUGAAGAGACAGUGUUGAUCCAUUCUCUUUAUGGAGGUUUGGAAACAGCUGCUGCACCUCCCGACCAGACAGGGGAAAAACCUUUUCAAUGCUCAGAGUGUGGAAAGAGAUUUGGUCGGCAUGGCAGUCUUCAAGAACACCAAAGAAUACACACAGGGGAGAGACCUUUUCAAUGCUCAGAGUGUGGAAAGAGAUUCAGUUGGAGUAGUAAUCUUCGAAGGCAUCAAAGAACCCACACAGGGGAGAAAUCUUUUCAGUGCUCAGAGUGUGGAAAGAGAUUCAGUCAGCAUGGCAGUCUUCAAGAGGACAAAAGAAUACACACAGGGGAGAAACCUUUUCAAUGCUCAGAGUGUGGGAAGAGAUUCAGUUGGAGUAGUAAUCUUCGAAGACAUCAAAGAACCCACACAGGGGAGAAUCCUUUUCAGUGCUCAGAGUGUGGAAAGAGAUUCAGUCAGCAUGGCAGUCUUCAAGAGGACCAAAGAAUACACACAGGGGAGAGACUUUUUCAAUGCUCAGAGUGUGGAAAGAGAUUCAGUGAUAGGGGCCAUCUUCAAGCGCAUCAAAGAACCCACUCAGGGGAGAGACCUUUUGAAUGCUCAGAGUGUGGAAAGAGAUUCAGUGAUAGGGGCCAUCUUCAAAAGCAUCAAAGAACCCACUCAGGGAAGAAACCUUUUCAGUGCUCAGAGUGUGGAAAGAGAUUCAGUCAGAAGGGCCAUCUUCAAAAGCAUGAAAGAACCCACACAGGGGAGAAACCUUUUGAAUGCUCAAUGUGUGGAAAAAGAUUCAGUCGGAGUUGUAGUCUUCAACGGCAUCAAAAAAUACACACAGGGGAGAAACCUUUUGAAUGCUCAAUGUGUGGAAAGAGAUUCAGUUACAGGCGCUAUAUUCAAAUGCAUGAAAGAACCCACACAGGGGAGAAACCUUUUGAAUGCUCAAUGUGUGGAAAGAGAUUCAGUCAGAGCUGCAGUCUUCAAGAGCACCAAAGAACCCACACAGGGGAGAAACCUUUUGAAUGCUCAAUGUGUGGAAAGAGAUUCAGUCACAAUCGUAAUCUUCAACAACAUAAAAGAACCCACACAGGGGAGAAACCUUUUCAAUGCUCAGAGUGUGGAAAGAAAUUCAGUCAGCAUGGCAGUCUUCGACAGCAUCAAAAUACCCACACCGGGGAGAAACCUUUUGAGUGCUCAGAGUGUGGAAAGAGAUUCAGUCAAAAUGGUAAUCUUCAACAACAUCGAAGAACCCACACAGGGGAGAAACCUUUUCAGUGCUUAGAGUGUGGAAAGCAAUUCAGUCAGAGUUGCAGUCUUCAACUACAUCAAAAAAUACACAGAAGAAACCUUUUGAAUGUGUGA